CAAACUCGCCUGCUCCCUGAGAGAGACUCCCCGCCUCUUUACCUACGGGUUGGCGAGUGGAGAGAGAGAGAGAGAGAGAGAGAGAGAGAGAGAGAGAGAAGGGGGGCGGCUCAACUUCACCCAGCACUCGUGAGAGCCACCGUGAGGAGAUUUGAGAGUCGAGAGAAAACUUUGCGCACAGUACCUCCGAGGAGAAAUUAAUACAGCUGCGCGGCUGAAGCAGAAGAAGAAGAAGAGGGAGAGGGAGAAGAAGAAGAAGAAGAAGAAGAGGGAGGAGAAGAAGAAGAAGAAGAAGAGGGAGAAGAAGAAGAAGAGGGAGAGGGAGAAGAAGACGAAGAAGAGGGAGAAGAAGAAGAAGAAGAAGAAGAAGUUUCCGCGGCGGCAGCAGUCCGAGGGCACCGGGAGGAAGAGGAGGAGUCAACAGGUCCCAGAGCUUAGGAGCUGCAAUCGAUUCAAGGGGAGUUUUCCUCGGACAAGGACGGGGAGAUUGACGUUUCUGGGUAAUUUCCUCCCUCUUCCUCCCUCGAUCUCGCUUUCAUAUUUCUGUCUGUGCUCGAGAAGAGGGGCUUGUCCGAGCAAUCCAUGUGGGCGGUCCACCAGCUGAAAGCCCAGUCGGCUGAACAGCACACCACUCAAUCACUCUGAACAUCAACGCCCGGGGCUGCUGGCGACCAACAGAGGCAGAGGCUGUGUGACUCUGAAGAGGAGGCCCGUCCAAAGAGAAGAGCUUUGUUUUGGCAUCAUGUGAUCUGUGCAUUCCCCAGGAGCACUCUGCAGUGGAAGAGUAAAUCUACGCUCCCCUGGAAGCAUCGCAACCACUAGCACCCCUAUCACCACUAUCACCCCUCCUGACUGCAGUCAUCAAAGUCACCUGUUCUUGACUCGACUUGCCUUCUGUCUCUUUCUGCCCAUUCAUCUUCAAGAUAAGGAAUGGCCCUGCUACUCUCCAGCCUCCCCAACGCCUCUCGCAAAUAAGGCCUUUCACAAUACCAGAGAAAGGAAGGCAAAAACACUCCACAAUCCCCUUUUAUACUUUUACCCUGUCUCUUUUUAUCUUUGUGCCCUUAGUAACACAAGCCACAAUACACACAUUAAUAAGAGGGCAGGAUUUUUGACAACUACAGCCAUUUUAAGGAGUGGUUUCCGAACCAUAAAGGGAUUUUUACAAACGCCACCUGACCUGGAAUAUCCACUCAUCCCAUGUAUUUAUGGGGGGAUUAAAUCAAUGCCGGAUUCCACACUGACUCCCAUUUGGUGCUGUUUGAUCUAGUUGAGGUGGUUUUUCAGUGAGGUCUGUCUGUGUCUGGAGGGUGGACUGAGCCAUCAUGGCUGGGAAGGGCAACCCGAUGCAGGGGCCCCACCUCAACGGCUUCCCGAUGCCCACCUAUUCCUACUUCUUCCCCCACAUGUUGGGGAGCCUGUCGCCUCCAGCCCUGCCAGGACUGCCCCUCAGUGGGUACAGCACCCCUUCACCAGCCACGAUAGAGACCCAGAGUACCAGCUCAGAGGAGAUAGUGCCAAGCCCACCCUCACCUCCCCCACCGCCCCGCGUCUACAAACCCUGCUUUGUGUGCCAGGACAAGUCCUCAGGGUACCACUAUGGUGUCAGCGCCUGCGAGGGCUGCAAGGGCUUCUUUCGGAGGAGCAUCCAGAAGAACAUGGUGUACACUUGUCACCGGGAGAAGAACUGUAUCAUCAACAAAGUCACCCGCAACCGCUGCCAGUACUGUCGGCUGCAGAAGUGCCUGGAAGUCGGGAUGUCCAAGGAGUCGGUGAGGAAUGACCGGAACAAAAAGAAAAAGGAUGAGAAGAAGCAGGAGUGCACAGAGAGCUAUGUGCUGAGUCCCGACACAGAGCAGAUGAUCGACAGGGUUCGCAAGGCGCAUAAGGAAACUUUCCCCUCUCUCUGCCAGCUGGGCAAAUACACUACGACUAACAGCUCAGAACGACGUGUGUCCUUGGACGUAGACCUGUGGGACAAGUUCAGCGAACUCUCCACCAAGUGCAUCAUAAAGACGGUGGAGUUUGCGAAGCAGCUGCCCGGCUUCACAACGCUCACCAUCGCUGACCAGAUCACUCUGCUCAAAGCCGCCUGUCUGGACAUCCUGAUACUGCGGAUCUGUACACGUUACACACCAGAGCAGGACACCAUGACGUUCUCAGAUGGACUCACGCUAAACCGAACCCAGAUGCACAACGCCGGCUUCGGUCCGCUCACCGACCUGGUGUUUGCCUUUGCCAACCAGCUCCUUCCUCUGGAGAUGGACGACGCAGAGACAGGGCUGCUCAGCGCCAUCUGUUUGCUGUGCGGAGACCGUCAGGACUUGGAGCAGGCAGAGAAGGUGGACGUCCUGCAGGAGCCCCUCCUGGAGGCGCUGAAAAUUUACGUAAGGAAGAGGAGGCCCCACAAACCGCAUAUGUUCCCCAAAAUGCUGAUGAAGAUCACUGAUCUGAGAAGCAUCAGUGCUAAAGGAGCCGAGCGGGUCAUCACCCUGAAAAUGGAGAUCCCCGGCUCCAUGCCCCCUCUCAUUCAGGAGAUGCUGGAGAACUCGGAAGGCCUGGAAAGCGGAGCCGCGGGCAGUCGGGCAAGUGGGCCCCCCCCAGGCAGCUGCAGCCCCAGUCUGUCCCCCAGCUCUGCCCAAAGCAGUCCAGCCACACAAUCGCCAUAGUGGCGGCCACCUUUUUUUUUGUUUUUCCUCACAAUGCUCCGUCUCCUCCUUCGAUGUUCUGAAGAGGAGGAGCGAGGGGGGUGAGGGGGGGCUUGAGUCUGACUGCUGAAUCCAGGAGACUGGCAGAGCCAACCUCCUCUUCUCCUGUUCCACAAAUCCCCACCUCCUGGUCUGCUUUCCCUCACUCUGGAGCACUGUCCUGACUCGAGGGGAGGUGAGUCCGGGGCAGGCCGGGGCAAAAGGACGCCUCUGAGAGACCACACCGUAAACACUGCUGAUGACUCCCCCUCCUCCUCCCUCCACUCUCCUCUCCAUUGCUGCUCCUCCCCUCUCCACCUCUCUCCAAAAGACUGAUGGAAACAGACCUGGAUGCAGUGGAGACCAGUUUUGAACGGAACUGAGACUGGGUGGAGCAUCAUGGGAUAAAUAUAUGACAAGAACAAUGCAUAAAGACUGAUUUGACAAACACCAGACACUUUUUUUUGUUGUACUCUUGAGGCAGACUGCAAGCUUGGGACUUGUCUAAAGACCCUCCAAUCCUCCUCAAAGACUUUGGGUCUUCUUUUUUUUUUCUCUUUUUCCAACUUCAAAAAAACAGAUUUCAUACAAAAGAUAUAUAAAUAUAUAUAGAAAAGUUAAGGAACUAUUGUGUUUGACAUGUCCAGAUCAGAAUGGCAGGUUGAAACAAGGACAUGUUUUCUGAGAUUAGAAAUUGUUGUACUGCUUCACUGUUUGAAUCUUUUCAUACCCAGCAAGAGUAUUGAGAGAUAUGUUCCAGUUUUAUCACAUUUGUACAUCAUUCUAAUUAACUAAAAGCAAACUACAUAUAGUACAAACACACACACACACACACACACAAAUGUGCACAGAAAACAAGUCGCAAUGAAUAUCACCUACUAUUCCAGGUUGGAUUUGUUUUCCUUUUUUCUUUUUCUUUUUAUGCUUACAAAAGAAUGGAAAAAAAAUGAUUGUAUGAACUCGGUUGUAUGAUAUGGUCACAGGUCCUUUCAAGAAAUCAAAUUAAUGAAGAUUCAUUAUUAAGGUGUAUUUUAAGUAGCCUUUGAGUUUGUGUAUAUAAGCUGUAUUCAUUUCUUUAAAACUAUGAAGAGUUUUAGGCUUCACCUGCUUUUUUUUGUAAGAAUACCUUUCAUGUGUUUUUUUUGUUUUGUUUAUAGGUUUGUGAUUCAAGAAAAGACAUUUUGAGCACAUUUUACUGAAGGAAGUUCUUUCGUGUUUUGUGUCCUACUAGAUACUGGACAGACCCUUAACCAAUCACUGGCUGUUCAGAAUGUGGCUCUCACAAACGGAUUCAACCCUUUGCCCGCCCCCCCUUCACUUUUAAAACAUGUUUUUACGUACAGUAGAGAACAAAGUAGCACUCCAGUCGGGGCAUAGCUUUUUUGGCCAUGUAGCAGAAAGAGAUGGUGUUUCUGAAGAUGGUGAGCUUGAUGCCACAUGUAGCCUGCCAGAUUCAACUGCCAGAUUCAACUGCCAGAUUCACGUGAGAGUUCAAAUGUGAAGAAUGGUGUACAUACACACUGUAUUAAACACACGUGAUUCUCAAUAGUCUCUAAAUGGAUCAAUAAUCUGUAGUGGAUGGGAAAAGACUAGACUGUAGUAAUCCCUCUACUCUGUCAGUGGUCAGGCAAGUGAAGGUCCCAAAUGUGAUGUUUUUUGUCAACUAAGUCCUCACAAAUCUCCCUGUGGUAGAAACCAAUAUGUGACUUUUUGCCGGAUCCAGAGCAACCUCGCACCCUGUGACUCACUUUACGCCAAAACGCCUUCACCGUCAACACACGUCAUCUAGACCAUCAUUACUGUACACACACACACCAAUGUCUCAGGAAGGAAUCAUUUUUUUUGUGCUUGGCCUGUUCUUUGUAUAUGUUCUGUGCUGCACCCCGUAACCCUUCAAUCACAGAUACACAUACACACACACACACACACACACACACACACACACACACACACUUCUGCUACUGAGCCCCUGGAUUUUACUUCAAUCACUCACUUUUCGUUAGGCCUGGCAGACCAGGACUUGCGCAGAGAGACACUGACCACGCAAACGUUACGACACAGGAUGCCAGUGUGGAGUCUCUCCGAGUCGCUCGUGUUCUUUUGAUUUGUACGGUCAAAGCUGCUUUCAUCAUUUAGGACUUAACUCGUCCAGAACAGCGCACAACUUUUCCCUCCACAGCUAAUCUGGAAUAGCAACAGACACACCCGUCAGUUUGAGAAGAAUGGAAUAUGUUGCAAUUUUUGUCAAGAUUAUCAAGCGACUUUGGAAAAAAAAAAAAACAACAAAAAAGAUUUGAAAAAAAUAAAAUGAACAUUUAAUAAUUA